UCUUCUCUAGCAAACCAUGGCCAUGGCCGCCGAGCAAAGAUCUGCUCCCCCACCACCGUUCUACAACUUCCUAAAGGAAGCUUUCCUCCUCCCCGGCCGCAACCGGGGUCUCUUCAUGGCGGUCUUCGUGCUCGUCGCCGUGUCCACCUCGGCGCUCCUGCUGGCCAGCGACCUCACCGUCAUGCCCCUCGCCGAGGAGCUCCGCCUCGAUCUCAAGGCUCUCAACGCCACCGACCCCAUGAGCCCCGACUUCGCCAAGCUCCUCAAGGAAAUCCAGGACGACACCCGGGAGAUGGUGGUGGCCACCGCCGCCUACGUAUUGCUGUCCGUCGUUGUCGGCUCCGCGGUCCGGAUCAUCAUCCUCUUCGCCGCCGUGGCCACUUACUCCGAAGAGCGGCUCACCUUCGGCGAGCUGCUGAGGAAAGCCAGGACGCAGCUCAAGGGCCCGCUGCUGACGCUUGCCUUCGUCUACGUCCUGGAGAUCGCGUCCGUCGCGCUCCUGGCUGCCAUGGCUGGCCUCCUCGUCUUCCUCAUGGUGCGGCACUACUACGUUCCGUUCCUGCUGCUGUCGCUGCUCGUCUUCGCCGGCUUCGUCUUCCUCAUCUACUUCUCCGUCCUCUGCGCCGUCAGCGUCGCCGUGGCGGUGGCCGAGCCGGGGCGCCACGGCGCCGGCGCGUUCGGGCGGGCGUGGAGGCUGGUGAAGGAGAAGAAGCGGCGCGCCGUGCUGUUCGUCUCCGCGACGUCCCUGCUUGCCGCCGUCGUCUCGCCGGUGCACAAGCUCGCCAUGGCGUGCGCGCCGAGCAGCCUGGUCGCCGGCUUGCUUCUUGUGCUUGUGUACGCGGCGUUGAUGUCCGUCGUGGAGUUGUUCGGCGUGUGCGCCAUCACCACGUUCUACUACGAGUGCAAGGAGAGCAACGAGGUGGUGUCAUCUGACCAGUACGUGAGGGUCUCUACUGAGGCUAACGCUUAGAACACUAUUAACCUCUUAAUUUCUGCGAAUAUUACUGGCUAGUCCCUCCGUUUCAUGACGCAAGUCUUUUUAGCAUUACUUAGAUUCGUAUAGAUGCUACUAUCUCUGUUGUAGUAUUCGCAGAAAUUAAGAGGUUAAUAGUGUUCUAAGCACAAUUAAUUACAAUGCUACUAGCUGUCUCUUUGGCAAUAUACAGUGUGAUAGUGUUGGUAAUAUUCAACAUAAAACUAAAAAUGAGGAAAAACCAACGGUGAUAUUCCGUGGUGGAUUCAGGUCAAGAUUUUCUUUUCUUAUAAAACAAUGUUGUUCUUCCCAAUUGGCAUGACAGUGACACUACCACUCUGCAAUUUCUUGGAUGGUUCUCCAACACAGCUUGCUCCUUCUGCAAUUUCUAUGGCCCGACCGCACCAUGCUCCCAUCUAUGUUUCCAACCAAUCUAAAAUUCAAAGUCA